AUGCAUUUUGAAAAAGGUGCCCGCUACAUCAUCACUAACGUCAAGGGAGGAACCGCCAUCGAUCUCGACGGCACCAACAAUCGCGACAUUAUCGGCUACCCCAAGCACGGCGGGCCCAACCAACAGUGGGAGCUCGUCUCGGUCGACAACCACGACGACUGGUACCUCAAGAACGUACGUAGCGGCACGUACAUCGGCUUUGAUGGUCAGCACUUCGACGGGACCAAGCUUAUCAGCAAAUCCGAGCCAUUCACAUGGAGGAUCCUCCCCGAUGAGAAGGAUUGCUCUGUCUAUCGAAUCUUCGUCCCCUGGACUAACAUGAACCUCGAUCUUUCCAACCACGGCGAUUCCAAGCCCUGCACACCCAUCAGCCUCUGGGGCAAGUGGGAGGGAACGAACCAGACCUGGCGCUUCGAGAAAGUUAACCAGCAUUGUCACUAA